AUGGCGAAGGAGGAGGGCGGCGCGGCUGAGCGGACGCUGGAUGCCCCUCCGCCGGAGACGGAGAGCAUCGUGUGGAGCGAGGACAAGGGGAGGUUCGAGACGCCCGACGGCGAGGCCUUCCUCCAGUACCGCCUCCUCGACGGCCACGGGGGCGGCGGGGCUCCCGCGGCGGCGGUGAUGGACAUGGUGCACACGUACGUGCCGCGGAGCAAGCGCGGGCAGGGGCUCGCGGCGCGGCUCUGCGACGCCGCCUUCGCCCACGCGCGGGGCCGUGGCAUGCGCGCCGUCCCCACCUGCUCCUACAUCUCCUUGCUGACCUUGUGCCAUCCUAAUUUAGCAGCAAUUUUACUCAUUCAAGGCUGA